AUGAGCUGUGCCUCUAAUGCUUCACACUAUCCAGUCUUCUUGCUCCUUGGAUUCUCCAGAGCUAGCACCCCCCACAGUCUCCUCUUUCUCCUGUUCCUGACUAUUUACCUGGCCACCAUACUGGGGAAUGUGACUCUGAUUUUGCUCAUCUCCUGGGACUCUAGGCUCCACUCACCUAUGUAUUACCUGCUUCGUGGACUCUCCACCAUAGACUUGGGGCUCUCCACAGUCACCCUGCCCCAGUUGUUGGUCCAUCUGACCUCUGAUUACCCAGCCAUCCCUGCUGCUCGGUGCUUAACCCAGUUCUUUUUCUUCUAUGCAUUUGGAGUCACAGACACACUUGUCAUUGCUGUCAUGGCUCUGGAUCGCUAUGUGGCCAUCUGUGACCCUCUGCACUAUGCUUUGGUGAUGAAUCAUCAACUAUGUGCCUGCUUACUGGCCCUGAGCUGGGUGGUGUCCAUAGUGCACACCAUGUUGCAUGUGGGUCUCCUACUACCCCUGUGUUGGGUUGGAGAUGCUGAGGGCACCGUUAACCUCCCUCACUUCUUUUGUGAUCACCGGCCACUUCUGCGAGCCUCUUGUUCUGACACACAUUCCAACGAGCUGGCCAUAUUCUUGGAGGGUGGCUUUCUCAUGUUGGGCCCCUGUGCCCUCAUUGUACUUUCCUACGCCCGAAUUGGGGCCACCAUCUUACGUUUACCUUCAGCUUCUGGUCGCCGCAGAGCAGCCUCCACCUGUGGCUCCCACCUCACCAUGGUUGGCUUCCUCUAUGGCACAAUCAUUUGGGUCUAUUUCCAGCCACCUUCUCAGAACUCCCAGGACCAGGACAUGGUGGCUUCUGUGAUGUACACUGCCAUUACACCUUUGGCCAACCCAUUUGUUUAUAGCCUCCGUAAUAAAGAUGUCAAGGGUGCACUCCGCAGGCUGCUUAGACUGGGGAGGGUAGACUCCUGA